UUUACGUCAUCAACUCAAAUUACAUAUGAAAUUUUACUAUUACAAGAGAUUGGAUCCGUUGUUAAUACGUGAUUCUCUUGGGAACUAAAGAUGGUAAAACCCUGAACACCCCAUUACCAUGACUGAAUGGAAGAAACUUGAUUUAGAGUGAUAAAGAGGAUAGAAGAAGAAUUCAUAUUUGCUGAAUAAUUGUGACCAAUUUAACGUUGGUUCUGUAUUUUUGCAGAUUUCUCAAAAUAAAAGGAAAAAUCUUCUUUGUUUUCAGAGUACUAACUUAGGACUGAUUUCCGGUAGCCCAGUUACUGCUAUGCUAUGCAUGGUCUCCUCAGAAGCCCAACAUUGCUCAGGAUUCCCGCCACAAAUGGCAUCAUCAACCGUCGCUUUUUCCGAUCAGAACAACAAAGAUGUGCUGAACUCAUUGAUAUAUACGCUCGCGAUCGAGCGUUGCACCUUGGCAAGAAGCUGCACGCGAGCUUAAUCACCAAAGGUUUCUCUCGUUUCAACGUAAUUGCUUCUAACCUCGUAACCUUCUACGUGUGCUGUAGCCAACUCUCCCACGCGCGAAAACUGUUCGACAAAAUUCCCACAACAAAUGUUCGCCGCUGGAUUGCCCUCAUUGGCACGUGCGCUCGCUGCGGCUUCUACGAUCUCGCGCUGGCGGUGUUCUCUGAGAUGCAGGCCAUUCCAGGGCUUACGCCAAACUACGUAUUCGUCAUCCCCAGCGUUCUCAAAGCUUGCGGCCACGUUGGGGAUCGAAUCACUGGAAAGAAGACGCAUGGCUUGAUUUUGAAGUGUUCCUUCGAACUCGAUUCUUUUGUGUCCAGUUCAUUGAUAGUUAUGUACUCCAAGUGUGCGAAUGUUGGGGACGCGCGCAAGGUGUUUGAUGGGAUGGUUAUGAAAGACACGGUGGCUCUAAAUGCCGUUGUUGCUGGAUAUGUUCAACAGGGUGCUGCAAAUGAGGCACUGAGUUUGGUGGAAAGUAUGAAGUUGAUGGGUUUGAAGCCAAAUGUGGUGACUUGGAACUCUUUGAUAUCUGGGUUUUCGCAGAAGGGUGACCAAGGAAUGGUGUCUGAGAUUUUUAGAGUAAUGAUUUCAGAUGGGUUGGAGCCUGAUGUGGUAUCGUGGACGUCUGUUAUAUCUGGUUUUGUGCAGAACUUUCGUAAUAACGAGGCAUUUGACGCGUUUAAGCAAAUGUUGAGUCACGGGUUCUGCCCAACUUCAGCUACUAUAAGCACCCUUUUGCCUGCUUGUGCUACUGCAGCAAGAGUUAGAAUUGGGAGAGAGAUUCAUGGCCACGCUUUGGUGACUGGGGUGGAGGGAGAUUUAUAUGUAAGGAGUGCUAUUGUUGACAUGUAUGCAAAAUGUGGGUUCAUUUCUGAAGCGAGGAAUUUGUUUAGUAGGAUGGCUGAGAAGAACACGGUUACUUGGAACUCCAUCAUUUUUGGUUUUGCGAAUCAUGGGUAUUGCGUGGAAGCUAUUGAGCUCUUCAAUCAGAUGGAGAAGGAAGGGGCUGCCAAGCUGGACCAUUUAACUUUCACGGCAGCUCUCACUGCAUGCAGUCAUGUUGGAGACAUUGAACUUGGGCAGAGGCUGUUCAAGGUCAUGCAAGAAAAAUACGGUAUUGAGCCACGGCUGGAGCAUUAUGCGUGCAUGGUGGAUCUUCUUGGUCGAGCCGGGAAACUCGAUGAAGCUUAUUGCAUGAUAAAGGCUAUGCCAAUUGAACCUGAUUUGUUUGUGUGGGGUGCAUUACUGGCUGGCUGUAGAAAUCACGGGCAUGUGGAGCUUGCAGAAAUCGCUGCUCUGCAUCUGAUGGAAUUAGAGCCCGAGAGUGCUGCAAACCGUCUUCUGUUGUCUAGCCUAUAUGCUGAUGCAGGCAAAUGGGCAAAGGUUGAGAGGAUCAAGAAAAGGAUAAAGAAGGGAAAGCUCAGAAAACUUCAAGGCUUGAGUUGGAUAAAUAAUUUAUAACAUUAUAGGUCGGUAGAGGCCUUAGGUUUUGCUUCAUUGAGAGAAUGGUGCACCUAGAGAUAUAAUUUUGGAU